UUUUGUCCCUCAUCCCCUCAUCACUGUCUGGCAAGACUCAACAUCAACAAUGUCCAACUCUGACGGCUUUAUCACAAACUCAAAUGGCUUGGGAUACGUCUCUGGGGCCGCGGCGAAAGAGCAGCAGCAGCAGCAGGUGUCAGCAGCUCCGGUAGUGUCUACGGAGGAUACUUUGGAAGUAAGAUUCGAAUUUGGCGGCGGCCUCCAUCUUCUCUUCUCUUCCAAACCCCAACACGUCGCUCGUCUACCGCGUUUCAUCCCCGACACCACCCCAGCCCAACCGCUGAAUAUGCGUUACGUCGUCAAGUGGAUGAAAGAGAACUUGCUGAGUGAGAGGGAGGAGAUGUUUGGAGAAGGUGAUGGAGUUCGUCCGGGCAUUCUGGUACUGAUAAAUGACGCGGACUGGGAGCUUGAGGGUGAGCUGGAGUAUGAGUUGAGAGAUAGGGACGAGGUUGUUUUCAUCUCUACCCUUCAUGGUGGAUAGAAACCGUGCGGUCGCUGGAGUCCGACCUUGUAUACCAAUGCAUUGUAUACCCUUCCCGUUUUUUCUGCGCCUUGCCUACGGCACUCGCUUUGAGAAGCUUCGCUUCAAAUGGUCGUUACAGCUUCGUGCUUCCAAAGAUCAAAACCCCAAAACAAAAGAGAAACGGCUGUUUAACGAAGCGUAACAGUGAGCGCCACUGCUUCCUUCUUUGAUGCGAACGACGGGGAUAACCUCUUGGCGGCCGCCGAUACUUCCAAUGAAGCUGGUCCGUCUACCCCCACCCCGCAGGAACCGCUUAGAAGGGGCAAGGGGAAACAAAAGGAGUGAAAGUUUUUUUGUCUGCAUGCGGACGUACUCGUACUUGUAGAUCUUGUGCAUGCAUGUCAACCUUAUCCUGUGCGA